UUUGUAAUCUUGAUUUACUUUUUAAAAACUCAAAAAUCCGCGUUCAUCUCAGACAUUAUACUGACUUUCAAUUCUUUAAUCUUUCAUAGAUCAAUUAUGCUUAAAACUCUCAAUUUUUGUUUCGAUCUUUCAUUUUCUGACAAACAAUUUUUAAAUUUUUUGAAUUUAUAAAGGUGUAUAUUUAUGUUUAAUUUUUUUUCAAAAUUUGUUUGUUUUUACAAUAAAAACAUUAAAAAUUAGUUACAGAUGUGUGUUUUAGCCUUGUUUUCCUUCUAAAUCGAUCAAUCUUUGCGCAGUCCCUUCUCAAAAACAAUUUUUCAUUCAUAUUUUUUGUCCAUUUUAUUUACGCGACAAGCUUUUUUUGCUUAUGUAUGGUCUGUAAACCCUCCCUCUUAAUGAAAAAACAAGAACCUUUUAAGCAAUUAAUGUGUGACGAUUGUUUUGUUUAUAUGUAAUUAAUUGUAAAUUUUAAUAAGACUAAUUGAGGCCAAAUAACACUUUCAAAAAAAUUUUAAAAAUUAUUAAGAUUAUUAUGUCAAAAUUAAGUUUAUUUUUAAUUUUUUCUCAAUGUCUUUUACUUGUAUUGAGUCAAGAACAAAUUUCUGAUUUUGAUGUGAUUGAUAAAAAUGCUGAUGGUUUAGUUUCUUAUGGAGAGUUUCAGAGUUGGCAUAGAAUUGCUUUGGGCGCUGAGCCUAAGCAGAGUGCUGUUUUCUUCGGCACUCACGAUUUGGACAAAGAUGGAAGAUUAUCUGUGGCUGAAUUCGUUCCUCUUGCAUUUGAAUUAAGCCGAAAACCUGUAAAAGAAGCAGGAAAAGUUUUUCAGAAAUUCGAUUCAAAUUCUGAUGGAUUUUUAAGUGUUGAUGAACUAAAGAAAGAGAAAAUUUCUGACGGAAUAAUUGAUGGUCUUUUGGAUGUUGCUGAUGUGGAUGGUAAUGGAAAUAUUUCAGAAAAGGAAUUUUCAAAUGUUGCAGAUUCUUUUGAAAGUCAUCUAUCGAGAGUUGUCGAAAGUGCAGGUCAAGCUCAAUCAUUAAUGGCAGCCCUAGAUUUGGAUGGAGAUGGAAAAAUUAAUUCGAAAGAAUUAAUAGCACAUAAACGAAAAUUUGGAGUAAAAAAAGAAAAUAAGGACAGUAAUGAGACUGUUGAAUUAGCAAUUAAACAAUUGGAUAUUGACAGAGAUGGAUAUAUUUCUUUUGAAGAAUUAAAACAAUUACCUGAAGUUGUUAUGAAAGCAGCAGGAAUUCAACCAGAAAUUCCUUCUUAA